AUGCUCUCAGGAUUAUCUAUGAUCAAGCCCAGUUCCAAGGCUCAUGAGAUGGGGUCACUAGGCCCAGAAGUAAGUAGAGUUCGAUAUUUACUUGUAUCUCGAUAUUGUCCAAGUUGUUUCUGGGUUGGAAUGGUCGCCUCGGGGAAACCCGGACGCCAAUACGAGAUUCUACAAAUCUCACCCGUGAACCCCAGACAAUCUCACUGUCAUAACUCAACAAGACAAUAG